AUGCCUUUUUGGUGGUAUAAGGACAUAUGGAAAUGGCAUUCAUCAAUUUUGAUUUGGAUAUUGUUAAUUGAAGUUGCUGUGGAAUUUGUGACGUGUUUACGAUUAAUUGAAGUAAGAAUACCAAAUCAUACAGUACGCGAUCAAAGUGCUCGACUUGAAUGCCAUUACGAUUUAGACGGGGAAGCAUUAUAUUCAGUUAAAUGGUAUAAGGAUGGCAAUGAAUUUUACCGAUUUGUUCCUAUGGAAGAAGAACCUGUACAGAUAUUUGAUUUACCUGGAGUGAAUGUGGAUUUGGAAAAUUCAACAGAAAACUCUGUAGUUUUGUCAUCUGUAUCACUUCAAAGCAGCGGUAGAUAUCGGUGUGAAGUGUCAGCCGAAGCACCGUCAUUUCAAACAGUGACAGAUCAUGGUGAUAUGGUUGUUGUUGACUACAAGCCCAUGCCAAAAUGUUUAGGGGAAAAUGACCUACCAGGAAUUUAA